GGAGAAGAUCAAAGAAAAAGGAGGAAAACAAGAUGUGAAGAAGAAGAAGAACAAACUCAGGAAGAUGCCCCAUGACAAGAGAGAGGAAGACGAGGAAGAGGAGGAUGACACCUGUCAGCCCCACCUUCCUACUUCCUCUGUUGCUAUGGAGACAACGCUGUCAGGUCGGAGGCAGGACCUGGUGUGUAUCGUGUGUUUCGGCAGCUACGACCUGCUGACGAGGUUGCCGCGGCGACUCCACUGUGGCCACGCCUUCUGCCAGGCCUGCCUGAAGAGACUGGACACGGUGAUCAAUGAGCAGGUGUGGAUCCCGUGUCCUCAGUGUCGGCAGAACACACCCAGGCCUAGAGGAGGCGCGGCGGGUCUGGACCUGGACUUGGCCUCCUUCUUGGCUGUGAAGGCCCAGCAGACCUACGUCUCCUGCUCCUCGUCCUCCUGGAGUUCUGUUCGGACGGACGGGACACCGGCUGGAGACGCAAUCAGCAACAACAAGCCUUGGCUGGGCAAAGAAGUUUCAGAUGACGGAUGGCUGCACGGUGGGUUGGCUGAGCCUCGCUUCCAUCGCUAUGGCAACUGCUGCCCCACCCCAUCCUGUUGGCUGUGCUGCUGGUUCUGCUGCCCAGGACGGGGCUAAUAGACUAACCAAACUGAAACAGGAAGUCCUGAAAGACCAGUUGGAGGUUUUUGGGUAUAAAAUCUGGUCUGUCUUCUGACCACUGAACACAUGGAAAGUUACAGACAUCCUCUGAAGGGACAGGAACCUGGAUUCAUCUCCAUCCAGCUGGUAUCAGAUCAUGCAUAUCAGUGCCAGGUCAGGUCUAGAUGUAUAUAAAGAAAACUAUUUCAAAAUACUUCAGCAAUCCUAAAAGUAAAUGAAACAAAAUCUUUUUGUUUGAUAAAUCAAACAAAGUUGGUGAAGUGAAAUGAAGGAAACAUAAAAACAACUCAUACUUGUCAUAUUGCACCUAUCUGGGGCCGCAGCCUCUGCAGAGACCCACAGAUUUCCCUCUUCCCAUCCCACCUCCUCCUCUACUCUUCUGGAGGAAGCUCAAGGAGUUCCAGGGCAACCGAGAGAUGUAUGAAUGGGGCAAAUUGGUAAGGAGACUUGAGCCAAGGUGGAAGUCUGCACAAUACAACCACUGUCCGAAUAGGACCUGCAGUAAGGAAGGAGGUAAAGGAAGCAAGAUGAUUCCUACCAUAGUUGUUUUGGCAUAUGGACCAAGGAGCGCUGGAAGUCAUUCUGAACAAGGGCUGCUGUGAAAAUCUUUUUUGUUUUUUGAUUUUUUUGGACAAAAGACCUAUGAGCCUAUAGGCCUAUUUAAAAUACAACAGAUAAAAAUAAAUAAAUAGAGAUUCACUACUUCAUUGUCAUAUAUACUUCAGUGCACGCAUCCAGGGUCUGUAACACAGACAUCAGCUGACUAUGUCUUAUUGCUUAAACUUCACAAUAAACUAUU